GGAGCCGCGACCAUGCUGGCCAGGAGGAUAUCCCUGCCGGCCGGCUUCGACCAGGGCCUAGCACUUGACCGGCGCUUGCCCACGAGUUUUGACCAGGACGGCGACCACAGCCCCUUCAGCUCAGCACAGGCGCGGCGGCGGACUACGGCCGCCGAGGCCGCGGCUGGGCUGCCCCAGCCAGGCUGCCGCCCGCACGUGGCGAUGCCCGCUUUCUGGGAGCCCAGAGACGACCCAGCGUCGUGA